AUGUCUAUUCCUGUCUACACCCUACUUGACGGUCACACGAUCCCACGACUUGGCUUCGGAAGUGGCACCGCACAUCUUAGGCAAGAUGCAGUCAAGCCCGUGCUCAUGGCGCUGCAUGCGAAUUAUAUGCAUAUCGACACCGCGCAGAUGUACGGUAACGAAGACACCGUAGGCGAUGCGAUAGCUCAGUCGGGCGUACCGCGCGAGAAGGUGUUCCUAACGACCAAGUUCUUCGAGCUCACAGAGGGCCAGACGGUCGAACAGAGUCUGAAAAGUAGCCUGGAGAAGCUGAAACCCGGCCAACUGGAAGAUGUCUGGAGGCAGAUGGAGGGUGUGAAGGAAGCCGGUCUUGCGAGGAGCAUUGGCAUUUCUAACUUUCGCCUUGACGAGCUCGAGCGUGUGCUCAGAGUUGCGAAGCAUAAACCUGUCGUCAACCAACUUGAAUUCCACCCGUAUAACUACGAGCAACUGCUCCCCGUGUUGAAACUACAGGCAGCGCACGGCAUCCUCACUGAAUCAUGGGGCGGUCUUACCCCUCUGACGAGGAAGACAGAUGGUCCUGUCAACGCUGUUCUGCAAGAACUCGGAAAAAAGAUUAGAGCAUCACAGGGCCAGAUACUGAUGAAAUGGUUGGAGCAAAAGAGGGUUAUCGUCGUUACGACCACAUCCAAAGAAGCGCGAUUGAAAGAAUAUGUGGACGUGUAUGCUCUGCCCGAGCUGAGUGACGAGGACAUGAAGGCCAUCGACGAAGCCGGACGCCAACUGCAUUACUCGGCUUCUGAGCUGUGCGCCCAGCAUUACUUUGCGCAGAAGGUCCAGAAAGCGCAGUAG